GGGAGGGGAAAGAAGGAGGCAGCGGGUGCUGGGGGAAAGGAAGCGGAAUUGGAGCCCUGGGGGAUCCUGCAUGAUUUCUCCUUCUCAAAUCUGACAUGAUCAUCUGGUUCGAAAGAGAGGAAGAACUGUGGGUCCUCGGAUCUCCAGGGCUCUGCAGAGAGGGAGAUGUUGAGAGGUACCUGCACAGGUGGGGAACCGGUGAAAUGAACGUCAGGAACUAUCAGCUGAGUUUUGCUCAAAGACCUCGUGAGCUCUCCCAGUUCUGCCCUACCAUCUCUUACGCCCAGCAUGUGUCAUACCCUCAGGGCAGACGUCACUCAUGGCUUCCACCAAUCCCGACUGACAUCUGGCAAUAGCUCCCCACUGACCUCUCUUCUUGGUGUCUAAAUUAGGUCCCUUUAUUUCUCAACCACCCCAGCAGUUACUGUGUUUCAUUUCCCCAGCCCUCCUGAUUUUCUAUUCCCUUUCUGAGCUUUCCUUUCUCCCCAGUGCCGGGAAGGACUCAUGUCUGGAUUCUCUAUCCCAGCAGGUGGUGGGAUGGUGAGUGAGAACCAGGAGAGAAAUCCUCUGCAGGAUGGUCCUGAGCAAGCGGAACCCCAUGGGAUGCUAUCAGGAAGAGCUGAAGGGCUUGUCUCCCAGGACCCCGAGCGGGGAGAAGGCUGUGGGAUUCAGCACAGGCUAAAGAGGCAGCAGGGAAAUCCUCCAUUGGAGAAAGGUGGCAAAUCCAACAAUGGUGUGGGAGCUUGCAAGGGCCUCAAGGAAACCCCAGCCCAGCCGAGAAACCCCAAGGGGGAGAGAAGACACACAUGCACAGAGUGCGGGAAGAGCUUCAAACGGAGCUCCAACCUUAUCACCCAUUGGCGGAUCCACACCGGGGAGAGGCCCUACAAGUGCUUUGACUGCGGGGAAAGCUUCAACGUGAGCUCCAACCUCAUCGCGCACCGGAGACUCCACACGGGGGAGAAACCUUAUACGUGCCCCGACUGCGGGAAAAACUUCAUCGUGAGCUCACAGCUCACUAUACACCAGAGGAUCCACACGGGAGAGCGACCCUAUCAGUGUCCCGAGUGCGGGAAAAGCUACAUCCAGAGCUCAGCCCUGGUUAAGCAUCGGAGAACCCACAUGGCAGAAAAACCCUACAAGUGCCCUGAAUGCGCAAAAAGCUUCACUGUGAGCACUGCCCUCAUUAGGCACCAGAGACUGCACACGGGCGAGCGAUCCUAUACGUGUCCCGAGUGCGGAAAAAGCUUCGGUGUAAACUCGGACCUUAUCCGACACCAGAGACUGCACACAGGAGAGAGGCCUUAUAAAUGCCUGGACUGUGGGAGAAGCUACACACAAAGUUCAGCUCUGAUCAGGCAUCAGAGAAUCCAUACAGGAGAAAAGCCUUAUAAAUGCCCUAGUUGCGGCAAGAGCUUCAGCCAAAGGUCAAAUCUGAUUAAACACCAGAGAAUCCACACGGGAGAAAAGCCGUUUAGAUGCGGCGAAUGUGGAAAAUGUUUUAGCACCAGCUCAAAUCUUGUAACGCAUCAGAGACUCCACACUAGAGUCUAUUAGAACAGACCAAAGGAGAUAACUUACAUUUGUCAGUUGCCAUCUUGGGUGUUAUGUGUGUUGAUCUCGUGUUUAACCAGGCAAGACCGACCCAAAUCAUCUGGCCCAUGGGGAUUCUGCCUAACUCUGGAGCCCCAUGCCAGCCUCUACAAUUCUGGGUACUGCCUAUAUACCCUGGACUCAAUGCCACCCUGUGAAAACUCAGAGCUUCGCCGCCUGCCAGGGAUUUAGGUGGAGCAUCUCUGCAUUCUCAGCCCCAUCCCUGCACACUGAUGGGCAUAUACCCAGAUGCCCCUGUGUAAACUGUGGGUUAGGCUCAGUCUCCAUCAUGUAACCAAAUACCACCCCCAAAAAGAGUCUUGAAGACACCAGAUGGGAGCCACCACACAAAAAUAUUCCCUGCUGGGGUUGAGGGUUCUUCAUCCUGCCUUAGUCUUGGAUCCUCCUCCAGCUCUGUUCUUCCUGCACAAACCCAGUGUAGUGUAAAGGGAUUGGGUAGUGUCCCUUUAAAUUGUAUGUGAGGGCCUUUGCUGGCCCUCACUGUCUUCUCUGAGGCCAGAGCAUGGUAUAGGUAUGUACCUAGGGUCUUGCAUGUUGAAUAUACGUACAAAACACAGCUAUUUGGACUCCACUGUGCUUGUGUAGUUUCUCCACAUUACGUAUGUUACGUAAAGAGCAAAAGACACACCAGUUGUUGAAAGGAUGGGAUCCUAAUCCACAAAUAGAGUGAAAUAGAUAGUGACUGCACUUAAGAACGGCCAUACUGGGUCAGACCAAUGGUUCAUCUAGCUCAGUAUCCUGUCUUCCCACAGUGGCCAGUGCCAGGUGCUUCAGAGGGAAU